UUGUGUGGGUGCCCGUGGUCUUGAAUGAAAACUAAACUGCGGUCGUUCUCGAUUCGCCAUCAAAUUUCAGUCUGGUCUCGGUGUUUCUCCCCGUUGCGUCAAGUUUUCGGUGUGGCUUCGAAAGAAGCGAUUUGCGAGAGUGCUCGGAUUUUCUUUUUCUCGGAUUGGUGUUUUCAGCUGAAAGUUUUUGCCAAAGUGGGUGCGCGGCGAGCAGUGUGAUAUAGGGAGGAGGUGCAUCAUUCCGUGUAAAAGUGUCUAGAUUUUCCUUCGUUUCGGUGGUGUGGCUGGCUUGUGAUCACGGAUAAAGUUCGUUUGGACUUUCCUAUGGAAAGAAUGUGGAUUUCGGUCGUUCUGCACUAGCGAAUUAUACUAUCUCAAUACUGGAAGGCACUACAAGUGGAUUCAAAAGUGAAAAUUUUCUGUGUGAAAAAUCUACUUUAUCGGUCGUUUCCUGCGUGCGGCAGUAGGAGGAGGGUGGUGUUGUGGAAGGUGCGAACUAAAAAAAAAGUAAGGAAGUAGGGAAAAGCUUCUGAGUUACGGAGGUAGAGAGAAAGAGAAGUAGCAGCAAGAACAAGAAGCCGUGGCCAGCAGCAAAAAUGGGUAAAACCAAAAUCUACUGCAGCAAGUGCCAGAAAAAGUGCUCCGGGGAGGUACUACGUGUCACGGACCGCUAUUUCCACAAAUCGUGCUUUCAGUGCACCAAAUGUAACAAAUCGCUGGCGACCGGCGGUUUCUUCUCCAAGGAUGGUGCCUACUAUUGCACACUGGACUAUCAGAAACUCUACGGAACCAAGUGCGCCGUCUGCAAUCAGUACGUGGAGGGUGAGGUGGUAUCCACGAUGGGUAAUACAUAUCAUCAAAAGUGUUUCACCUGUAGCAAGUGCAAGCAGUCGUUCAAAUCGGGUAGUAAGGUCACUAACACUGGAAAGGAAGUGCUCUGCGAGAGCUGCGUUCAGACUCCAGUUCCGGAAGUAGCACCAAUAGUUUCAGCCCAGACAACCUCGACCACCACAUCGCCCAAAAGGCAGAUCGAGCAGAAGCAAGAGCAGAAAACUAUCAAAGAAAUCACAUCGAGUCCAACAAAAGCCGCAACAUUGCAACACCAUCAGGAUGCGGUACGGAAACACCACAGCAACAAGGAUCAAGACCCGAACGAAUGCGCCGGAUGUCAACAGCAGCUAAAAGAGGGCCAGGCCCUGAUUGCUCUCGACCGUCAGUGGCACAUCUGGUGUUUCAAGUGCAACGCUUGCGGUGUAACGCUCAAUGGCGAGUACAUGGGUAAGGAUGGCGUUCCCUAUUGCGAAAAAGAUUUCCAGAAAUCCUUCGGGGUAAAAUGUGCCUACUGCAACCGUUACAUCAGCGGGAAAGUGCUGCAAGCCGGUGACAAUCAUCACUUCCAUCCGACGUGCGCCCGAUGCACAAAGUGUGGCGAUCCGUUCGGCGAUGGAGAGGAAAUGUAUCUGCAGGGAGGUGCGAUAUGGCAUCCACGAUGUGGGCCAGGCCCCUCGUCGGAAUCGGGGAUACUGAACGGGGUGGAAGCUAAUGGAUUCAACACCGAGACCGAGUUCGAUCGGACCAGCACAAGUGCAAUGAGUGAAAUACAGUUUUCGUUACGUUCACAAACACCAAGUUUGAGUGGUUCUGUUUAUAGUCCUUACACGCAUAGAAAGUAUCAUCGCACUACUAGCCCGGGGCUAAUUCUGAGAGAGUACAAUCGCCAAGGUUACGAGGAUAUCGCUCGUAUCUACACCUACAGCUACCUAACAGACGAGCCGCACUAUCUGAGGAAACCGAUCGAACCCUACGACAAGGCACCUGUGUCGCCCCAUUUCCAUCGCCCACAUCACUACGGCAGUGGAACGCGAUCCACUUCCGGCUCGCGCUCGCACUCGCGCAGUCGCAGUGCGAUGAAAGUGAUGGUGGACAGUAUCCGAUCGGAAACGCCACGCCCCAAGAGCCCCGGAAUGAACAACGAGGAGCCGAUCGAGCUGAGUCACUAUCCGGGAGCGAAGAAGCCCCCGCCAGGCGAGAAACCAAAGAUCGAGCGGGAUGAUUUUCCCGCCCCACCGUAUCCCUACACGGAUCCCGAGCGACGUCGCCGGUACUCCGAUUCGUACAAGAACAUUGAAUCGGAUGAUGAAGUCGACCAUCACGCGAAAAACAAGGAGGAUAAGGAAAAUGAGACUGAACGCCGUCUUCGAAGAGAGGAAGAAGAGUUGAGCAAACUGAAAUCAUCCGGAAUGGGCAAAGUCAUCCUGAAGGACCUCCAGGAGCAUAAGAAAUACGAAACCUGGAAGCGGGAGAACCUCGAUCCACGGAAUGCUUCGCGCACUCCGUCGGCUUCGAAGGAACCGAGCUACCGGUUGCGCUACGAAUCACCGGUUGGUGCAUCACCGUCCCGAAACCUGGACUACCAGCGACCUCAAGAAGACGAAUAUUUCGAUCGAUCGACCAGCUACCGCGGCUCUGUUGGCCGCGCGAUCGGAAAUGCGCCAAGCUAUAACGUGGUGAGUUCCUUACGACAAGUACCUAAACCGGGUUACGGCUUGGCCCCUCGUUCACAUACCUUCAGUUCCGCUACAUCUGGUUCUGCUCAUGGUGUUCCUGAUUUCUCGUUCGGUGGACUUGGAGAUAAGACCCACAGUACAGAAUUCAGCUGCGGCAAGAGUGAUAUCUCCGUCGACUCAAUAACGGAAGGUGACCGCCGCGCCCUCGGAGCGGAUAUACCUGCCUCGAGCACUUACUCCGGUGCCCUUUCUUACCACUAUCCCCAGCAGCCCAUUCGUCGCAGCCUGCCCAAUAUGGCCCAUUCCAUGCUGGUACACGAACCGGCCAAGAUUUAUCCGUACCAUCUACUGCUGAUCACCAACUACCGGCUGCCGUCGGAUGUGGAUAGAUGUAAUUUAGAGCGCCACCUGUCGGACGUGGAGUUCGAAGCGAUCCUGCAGAGUUCCAGGGCCGAGUUCUAUCGUAUGCCCCAGUGGAGACGCAACGAAAUCAAGAGACGUGCUCGUUUAUUCUAGGACAAAGACAAAGAUGAUUUUUUCGUCGAAAAGUACACGGCGCGGCUGCUGUUAAAACUAAGUAACAACAACGUACUAUUUUAAAUUUAUUUUUUUAAGCAAAUGACUACGCUAAACAUUAUCGUACUGGAUUGGUAGGAAACAAACAAACCAACAUUGGAUUGAUCGUAAGAAAUUGAGUCAUGAAACUAUUUUUUGUACACAAACCUGUAGAACAGUGAAAUCGUGCAAAUUGGGCAAACUUUGGAAGAGAAGUUAUGGGAAAAGUAAUUAAUAUAAAAAAGAUCCCUUUUGCUUUCGCUUCAGACACUAUUGUCUCGUAAGUCCUAGAAUGUCGAACGUAAUUAAAAACAAACACAAAUGAUAAACUAUUUUUUCAGCCUAAGCAAAACCACGUUAAAUACAUAAAAUAAAAGUCAGUAGAUGAAAAAUGAAGCUAUAAACCGUAAAAGGGGAAAGGGAUAUAAACUGCAUUUAUAAACGAGUUUCUGGCGCUAAACACCUACAUUCAUUUCGGUUCGAUCCUUAACUUUGUUCCGUGUUUUUAGUUUUAUUUUAUGAAGCACUUGUUUAGGGUUAUGAAUAAUUUAGCUGAGGCGGGUGGCUUGUGAUAGCAGAAUGCGGUUAAUCGAGACAUCUGGAAAUGAUGCUUCACAUUUUAUUGGAUUCGUGUAUACACACCGUAAAUGAAAUGAACGAUUAUAGCCAAGACAUUUGAAGGGGAAUAAAAAGCGUCGUGGAAAAUAGCCUUACAUAUGAAACAGAGAUAAGUUUUAUCAGCGUAAAUUAUAUAUAUAUAUAUAUAUAUAUAUAUAUAUAUCAUAACUAGCUUAUUUAUAAAAAAAAUAGUUUCAAGAAGCGGAUAAACACAGACGCAGAGCCAAUACAUGUUUGCUUAUGUUCCUUUUUUCACGAGUGGAAUAUUAGCAAAACGCAUUGGACAGUAUCGGGGUGCUUCGAACAACAACUUUACGUGCAAUGGGAAUCGGCACACGUGGCUCGUUUUCAAUCGUAAGUGUAUAGGAAUUUCAAUUGAUAUCUUAUUGUCCAACGCCGCACAAUGGAGUCGAUUUAAAAAAAAACAAUUGUUGGGGAGAAAUAAGUUUUAUCCCGCUUCAAAAAAAGAGAAAGUAAGGAAAAGCGCGCGUUGAAAUGGCAUAAUAAAAAAAAAAUUGUGGCUUUGAAAAUAGUACUUGUAUGGACACCGUGAUUUCGGUUCAAGUUUUUGUAACGACGUUCGCUUCGCAGGAACUCAUAAAGAUGUUCAAACGGACCUGCUUUAAUGGUGUUAUUCUGUAAGAGAUUUAAACUAAAUUUUGAAAAUCACAACUGCCAUAGGAAGAAAUAAACGACAACUUAAAGUGACCCAUCAUAAAACGCCAGCAAAUUUGUGAUUAACUGCAGUGUUCUACGCACCACAAACACAGCCAAAUGAGGUGAAAGCUCUAGCAAUAACUGCGGCAAUUCAAAUCAAAAGAAGCUAAAAGAUACAAAAAACAACCAAACAAUACCAAUAUAUAAAACUGAGGGAGUAAAAAACAAGAUUUUUAGGCAACUUUCGAGAGUAAAACUGAACUUAAUGAUAUUUUCUCUUUGUAAUAGCAUUAGAUUGUAGACGUGUUUGCAAAUUGCCUAAAACGAGUUCG